CCAGCAGGAUAAAUGAACUGUCUUUGUUUUGACUGGGGAGUUUAUUAGUGAGCAGGAUAAAUGAACUGACUGGUCUUUGUUUUGACUGGGGAGUGUAUUAGUUAGCAGGAUAAAUGAACUGACUGGUCUUUGACUGGGGAGUUUAUUAGUGAGCAGGAUAAAUGAACUGACUGGUCUUUGACUGGGGAGUUUAUUAGUGAGCAGGAUAAACCAGGUCAAACCUGAACGACGCUGGAGUCAAUUGUGCGCCGCCCCACGAUACUCCCAAUCACGGCCGGAUGUGAUACAGCCUGGAUUCGAACCAGGAGCUCUCAAUACAAGCUGUUGCCAACAAAGAAACAAACUCAAGAGUCAAAACAGGGAACCCGCCCAUAGAAGACAGGACAGUGGAUGGAAGAGCGCGAGAGAGAGUGAAGAGGACGGAGGUUAAGAUACAGGGGCUGGUCAACAGUGUCAGAACAUAUCAAAUCCAGGCAGACUCCUGCUCCUUGGCCUGCCAAUCUGAACGACAACCUCCCCACUACACACACACACACACACUGCUCCGAGCAUCUUCAGCGAUGCCGACAGGGUCCCAGCCAUCUGCCAGCCCCUCUCCCAGCCUGCCCCUGUGUGCCCAGCCCUGAGCCCUGACCCCUAACCACAAACUGACCCCGUGGCUCUCGGAACACCCCUCCCCCCAGUGCAGCUGUCCUCCACACAGCCAGGUGGUGCCCUGACCCACCGCCGGACAGGCAGCGCUGCUAACAGGCAUGGCUCCAAUUCGGGACUCGGCCAGCCACUCUCCUAACCAAACAGAUUUGGACCACCCUGGCCUGGAUUCUCAGUAUGAGAAUUGCCCCUGGAGUUCUGGUUCUCCCUGCAGCAGAGACAGUAACUGGGACACGGUGCUGGUAGACUCGGUCGGCAGCGACACGCCUUCCUCCUCCUCCUCCUCCUCGGCAGCCGGCAACGACCCCGAGCUCACCUCAGAAUGCAUGGACACGGACUCUGCCUCUAGCUCUGGUGGCUCGGAGAGGAACUUGGUCACAGCGAUGACGUCGUCGUCGCCGCCGCCUCCCGGAGGCCGUAACGGGAACCACUUCUCCCCGUUGACUAACGGCGGCGUUCCUCCCGGUAGCAGCAAUAACAUCAUGACGUGCAACGGCUCCGUGGCCAACGGCGGCCCCAACGACGCUCCGCCCCGCCGACGGUAGCCACGGCAACAAGCCGAGCCCCUGGGCGUCGGCCAACGGUGCUGGUCUGACCCCGGCACUCUGAACCCAAAAGUCAACCGCAGUGCCUGGCCCGGUCCCCAGGGACCCUCCGGCUGUAGGAUUGUCCAGCAGGGAGGCUCUCUGGGCUGGGGAGGGACACAGCCGGACAGCUCUCU